AUGACAGCCUCUACGAAUCUGUCCGGAGCCGGGCUGCCGACGCCCAAGCUUACGCACCAUGCGCCGUUCGAGACGAUCAUCAAGGAAAAGUCGUCGCAGAAGCUGCUGAUCGCGCUGUCGCUGCGGCUGCGACGAGGCCAGAUCACGGGGCCCGAGGCGGUGUCCGAGGCGACGGCCAAGACGCUGCGUAGCGUCGUGUCGUCGGCCAAGUACUCGUCCAUGCAGGAGCUCAUCGACAUCAUCAAGGCUGCCGGACGCCAUCUGCAGCUCUCGCAGCCCGCCGAACAGUCGAUCGGCAACAUCACGAGGCGCAUCGUGCAUCUGCUGCGCGAAGAGGCCAAAGCAGCGCUCAUCGAGGCACGCGAGAAGGAGCUCGAAAGCGGACGCGGCAGUGGCUCGGGUAGUGGCAUCAACAGCUUGAGCAACUCCAUCUCGGAUCUGCAUCUGGCGAGCGCGUUCGGAGCGCCAGUGCCUGGUCAUUCGGCGGCCGCUUCGGGAUCGCACUCUUCCGGCCCCAUCGUUCAGUCGCCAGGCGCGCGCCUCAACCGCAGUCUGGGUGGAAGCACUUUGCACUCGCAGUUCCCCUCGUCGUCGUCCUCGGCCGGUGUGGGCUCGCAUUCGUUGACGCGGCCCGGUCCGCAUCCGCUGCGCGGCGGAUCCGAGUCGGGACCCGCGAGCUCGGGCUCGUCGGCCUUUGUGCACGGCAGCUUCUCCAUCUCGGAUCUGGUGGCUGCGGGCGCUAUGGCCGCUUCGAGCAGCAGCAGCCUCGCGCACACGCCCGCCGACGGCAGCUACGCCUCCACGCCGCACGCAUCGCUUUCGCGCAAGGGCUCCGGCGUGUUCGACUCGAGCUUCUCGCAGCUCCAGCAGCACAUGUCGACGGUCAGCUUGGCUGAGGAUGCCGCCGGUGAGGCUGAGGCGGAAGAGGCCGAAUCCAGGUCGCGAAGAUCCACGCUUCGCGCCGGGGACGAUGAGACCGAGUCCGAGUCGGACGAGGAUGACGAGGACGAUGAUGAUGAGGACGACGACGAGAGCGACGAGGGAGACGCGCAGCUGAUCACGGGCAAGAAGUCGGCGGGCGCGUACUUUUUGAAGCCGCUCCUGAUCCAGGCGAUCCAGGACCUGAUCGACGAGCUGGAGACAGUGGAUGACAACAUUGCAAAAGUGUCGCGCGAUCACAUUCAUUCUGGCGAGGUGAUUCUUACGCUGGGAGCGUCUGCGACGGUGCAGAGCUUCUUCCUUGCUGCUGCCAAGGACCGCAAGUUUACGGUGAUUGUGCCGGAGACGGCGCCUUCGUAUGCGGGGCACGAUCUGGCGCGCGCGUUGAGUCAGGCGGGGAUUUCGGUACUGCUGAUUCCGGACAGUUCGAUCUUUGGCGUGAUGCCGCGCGUGUCCAAGGUGGUGCUUGGUGCGCAUGCUGUUUUGGCCAACGGCGGAUUGAUGGCGCACUCGGGCGCGUUUGCCACCGCGCUGGCGGCACGACAACACUCGACGCCCGUGGUGAUCACAACGGGUGUGUACAAGAUCUGCCCCGAGUGGUCCGAGAUCCAGACGUUUUCCAACGCCGCAUCCGUGGGCGCACUCGGUCCAGCAGCUCUCAUGCACUAUGCAACCAGCACCAGCAUCGUUGAGAACACCGAAAUCGCUUCAAACGCCCUCGACUACGUCCCGCCGCAUCUGGUGGAUGUCUUUAUCACAAACGUCGGCGAACAUCCGCCCUCGUACGUCUACAGACUCGUCAAGGAAAACUACCACGCCGACGACAUUGUGCUGUGA